AUGGCAAACUUACAGCCUCCACGCCUGACCCGCAUGCGAUCCUUCUUCAGGUCGGAGGCGCCCACGCCGCCCACUCCUUUCUACCUGCAGACUCCACGCAACCCCGUCGACGCUGAGCUAGUCCGAGGGCUCGACGUUGCGAGCUUCGCCUCGGGCCUCGCAAGGAUGGUCGCGGGAUGGGCCAAGCACGAGUACAAGGACGCGCACAUCGUUUUUACCGGCUGGACCGCUUUGCAGGUCAUUGCGGCGAGCGUGCUGGAACAAGUCUAUCAGGAGGCGAGCUCGGGACAACUGCUCGAAACGCUCGGCGUUCCUCUUCACGCGACCCGCUUUUCUCACGCAGUUCCCAUCUCUUUCGACUUACGUGGCGAGGAUGCAUCAGACGCAAUGUCGCACAUCCAAUACGCCUUGUCCUUCGAGCGGGAUCACGACGGUUUUCCCACCAACACAGGAUCACGUAGCCGGCUAUGGCUCUUGCACGACUUGUACACCUCGCAGAACUCCGGCUCCUCCGCUUCCGACCGCGCAAAGUACGCCGUCGCAAUGGAGGUGCCGACUCGCCCUGGCCUUCCGACCGCAACCGUCCAGCUCACCGUCAUCGGCAAUCACGGCCACAAGCUCGUUCCUAGCGCACAAGACGUCACCUGCGAGAGCCUCAGGGCGCUCUUCCGACAAGCGGUACAGGACCUUGUUCGCGGCACGCAACUGAGCGCAGAGAAGCUCGUUAUGGCGCGAUACGCCGUCCAGCUGCUCGAGUUGCGCUACCGGCAUGCGGCUUCGAGGGAUCAACUCAAUAUCUAUCAAAGUCUCAGUCGCUCGCAUGAAGCGGCGGUGAGGGUGCAGGACCUCUCGUCGGACGUCUUGAACGAGGCGGUCAAGAUGGAGCAGUCGUGGUGGAGGGAUACGACAAGGUUCUUCGCCACUCCCGUUCCGCCGUCAAAGGAGAUUGCGGCGCUGUACGUGAAGCACUUCGAGCUGACCCGAGAAUGGCUGGAGAGGCGACGUCAAUUGCCAUUCGAUACCGAUGCACCGGCGCACUCGCUCGCGAAGCACUCUCCCUUCGAAGUUCGCGCCCGCUCGUCGUUCUUCUGGCACUUCGCGCCUCUCUACCUAUCGGCAAGAACACCAUCGAGAACCCCGUAUCGUAUCUUCUGUAUCGCUCGCGAGCGCCUCGCCGGUUCAGGUUGA